UCGGGCCUUUGGGAUCCCCAUCAGCGCCCCGCCUGGAGCCGGGCGAAGCCCGCAGCGUUACCUUUCCUCGCGGCCCGCCGCCCCUCACUCCCGCCCCUUCCGUGUUUUGGUCGCGCACGGGUUCCGUCAGUCGCAGAGGCAAUUGGCUGUUAGAGGGAUCCGAGAAUGGUGAUUGGCUGCCUUUGGCCGUCGCUCUAGCGCCCUCCCGGAGACCGGGAGAUCGUGCGAGGUGGGAGGAGAGCUGGGGACCCGGGAGCCGACAGGCGGGUGAAGGCCAUGCCGCCCCCUGGGAAAGUUCCCCGAAAUGAGAACCUGGGACUGCAGUGUGAGUGGGGGUCCUGCUCCUUUGUGUGCUCGGCCAUGGAGGAGUUCUGCGAGCAUGUCACUCAGCACUUGCAGCAGCACCUGCAGGGCUCCGGGGAGGAGGAAGAGGAGGAGGAGGACCCGCUCGAGGAAGAAUUCUCCUGCUUGUGGCAGGAGUGCGGCUUUUGCUCUCUGGACAAUUCUGCCGCUCUCGUCCGCCAUGUCUACUUCCACUGCUACCACACCAAGCUGAAGCAGUGGGGGCUGCAGGCGCUGCAGAGCCAGGCCGACCUCAGCCCGUGCAUCCUGGACUUCCAGAGCCGCAACCUCAUCCCUGACAUCCCUGACCACUUCCUGUGUCUGUGGGAGCACUGUGAGAGCUCCUUCGACAACCCCGAGUGGUUCUAUCGGCACGUGGAAGCUCACAGCCUGUGCUGUGAAUACCAAACAGUCGGCAAGGACAACCAUGUGGUGCCAUGUGGCUGGAAAGGCUGCACCUGCACCUUCAAGGACCGCUUUAAGCUUCGAGAGCACCUCCGCAGCCAUACCCAGGAGAAGGUGGUGGCCUGCCCCACCUGCGGGGGCAUGUUUGCCAACAACACCAAGUUCUUAGAUCACAUCCGUCGUCAGACCUCAUUGGAUCAGCAACACUUCCAGUGCUCUCACUGUUCCAAGAGGUUUGCUACAGAGCGGCUGCUGCGGGACCACAUGCGUAACCAUGUGAACCACUAUAAGUGCCCUCUGUGUGACAUGACCUGCCCGCUGCCAUCCUCCCUCCGAAACCACAUGCGCUUUCGCCACAGCGAGGACCGUCCCUUUAAAUGUGACUGUUGUGACUACAGCUGCAAGAAUCUGAUCGACCUCCGGAAGCACCUGCAUACCCACAGUGAGGAGCCAGCCUUCAGGUGUGAUUUUGAGAACUGCACCUUCAGUGCCCGGUCACUCUGCUCUAUCAAGUCCCAUUGCCGAAAAGUACACGAAGGAGACUCAGAGCCAAGGUACAGAUGCCAUGUGUGUGACAAAUGCUUCACAAGGGGCAACAACCUCACUGUGCACCUUCGCAAGAAGCACCAGUUCAAGUGGCCCUCUGGGCACCCCCGUUUUCGGGGCCUGGUCUGCCCCUUGAGUGAUUCCUCAAGCAUUACUGAUGUGGUCCAUUCCUCAGAGGAUCAGUGCCUUCGGAAUCAGGCCAGCACCCUGGGAAAAUGUCCUUCUCUCUCAGUCAUAUCAGUCAUGCCCACACCAAACCUUACUGCUCUCUCUGGACCAUGGGGACAGCAGAAGCCAUUCUGGCCUGCUACCAUGUGAUUCUGGUUCUCUAGGAGGAGGGGCUCCUGCCCAGGCUCUGUGCACUGGGGUUAGAAAGCACUGGACCAAGCAGGUCCAAGCAGCCAGAGACCUGUGGGAAGAUUAGAAGCCGGAGGUGGGUGACAACGGAUCCCUGGAGGAAGCAGGGUGUCAAGACUAUUUCGAUGGCCUGAAAGUUUCAUCUGGAGUCAGACAUCAGGAUGUCUGAAGAUUAAGGAGACACCCUGUCUUACUCUUCCUCAAAGGGGUGUGGGUAGGGAGAGAGGGCAGGUGGACCAGGAGCGUGGAAGCCAAUGCUUCUCUCAUAUUUGGGGCAAGUCCACAACUUCCAACAAGAGGAGAGAAGAGCUGAGUGUGUAUAAAAGAGAAAUGAUUUUCCAAGAUGAGAAGAGCUGAGUGUGUAUAAAAGAGAAAUGAUUUUCCAAGAUGAGAAGAGCUGAGUGUGUAUAAAAGAGAAAUGAUUUUCCAAGAUGAGAAGAGGAAGGAAUAGUCACAGGGAAUGGAGUCAUUUCUGUCAGAUUAUGACCUAGUGCAUAUAGGCUGUCAAUGAAUGAAUGAAUUUUGCUCAAGAUCAGGAAUCCCAUGGUGCACUUUGCCAAUGAGGAGCACAUUCAUUUCAUGUACAGUAGCAGAGGGGCUUGGGACUGAGAGGGGAAGGUUGGGGAGAUUGUGAAAACUUCUCAUACCAUGCUAAAUAGCUUGCAUUUCUUGUCUGGGCAAGGAAUGCAGAGGACAAGUAGAUAGACGAAGGUUGGAAAGGAAUGGAGAUAACCUUUCCUUUGAGUAGAUGGAGGGGAUGUGGAUUUAGUUUGUAAGUAUGAGAGGGAUUUCCUGCCUGGCAUCUCUAUUUCCUUGAUGAAGUAGGGAUUAACGUUAUUGAGGGAUAAUCUGUUGGAUUAAGGAGAUUUAUAAGAAUUGUCAAGUUUUAGAAAUGGCAUUCAUAGCUACAGCAGAUUUCUCCAAAGAAGACAUGCAGAUGGCCAGCAAGCACAUGAAAAAAUGCUCAACAUCACUAAUAUUAGAGAAAUGCAAAUCAAAACUACAAUGAGGUU